AUGGGCGCACCUCGUCCACCCGCGCGGCAAGCCAGCAAGAAGCCUGCGGCUGCUCCACUCUACUCCCCUGGACGCGGCUACAAGCCCGGUACCGCGCCUCCACACGCGGCGUCACUCCGUCGCGGCGGCGCACCUCACGACGCCGGCGAGCUCCGGGUCCUUCUGAAGCGCUUGGCCGACGCGUCCCCGGCACCCAGCGAGGCCGCGCCGGCGCUGCACGCCCACGCCGCAAAGCUCGGCCUCGGCAGCCGCCACCGCGGCGUCCGCGACGCCCUCGUCGCGCUCUACCUCGCGUGCGGCCGGCGCGGCAUUGCGCGCGCCUUGCUGUCCGCCGGUGGCGGCCCAGCGCCCGACGUGGUUUCUUGGACGGUCCUGGUGACCGGCCACGCGCGGCUGGGGCUGUUCCGCGAGGCCGCGGCGCUGUUCCUUGCCAUGGCGGACGACGGCGCGCUCGUCAUCGACGCCGUGGCCGCCGCCGCGGCGUUCGCGGCCUGCGCCGGUGCCGCGGACCUCGCGCUGGCCAGGGAGGUGCACCGGCGCGUCCUAGAAGCGGGAGUGGCUCUCGACGUCGUCGCGUGCAACGCGCUGGUCGACAUGUACGCCAAGUGCGGCGACGCGGCGGCCGCGCUCCGUUGCUUCCGUGCGAUGGUGCCGGCCAAGAACGUGGUGACCUGGAACACGAUGAUCUCCGCGCACGCGCGCGCGGGCGAGGUCCAGGAGGCGCUGGAGCUGUUCCGGGGGAUGCUGCAGCAGCAAGGCUGCGCGCCCUCGCCGCUUCCCGACGACGCCACGUUCGUCGCGGUCCUCGGCGCGUGCGCGCGGCUCGGCGCACUGGACGCCGGCAGGUGGGUGCACGCCUACAUGGGCAGGACCGGACGGGAUGCCGCCGACGGCGUCGUGGGCAACGCGCUGAUCGACAUGUACGCCAAGUGCGGGGCCGUCGAGCAGGCCGCGGACGUGUUCGACGCAAUGACGCGGCGAGACGUGUACACCUACACGUCCAUGAUCUGGGGGCUUGCGAUGCACGGCCGGGGCGAGGAGGCGCUGGCGCUCUUCGGCGACAUGCGACGGGCCGGCGUGAGGCCGAACGAGGUGACCUUCCUCAGCGUCCUCUCCGCCUGCUGCCACGCCGGAAACAUCGAAGACGGUCUCCGGCAUUUCGACGCCAUGGUGGAGCUGCACGGCGUUGCGCCAGGCAUCGCGCACUACGGAUGCGUCGUCGACAUGCUCGGCCGCGCCGGGAGGCUGGACGAGGCGGAGGAUCUCGUCUCCGCGAUGCCGAUCCGGCCCGACGCGCUCAUCUGGGGCUCGCUGCUCGCGGCCUGCCGGGCGCACGGCCAUGUCAACCGCGCCGAGCGCGUGAUGCGGCGGAUGGCCGAGGACGAGGCCGACGCCGGGGACUACGUGCUCAUGUCGAACAUGUACGCACACGAGGGCCGACACGGGAAGGCGGUGCAGGUGAGGCGGCAGAUGAGGAGAGGCAAGGUGGACAAGGUACCCGGCUGCAGCCUCAUCGAGAUCGACGGCGUGGUGCACGAGUUCCAAGCAGUUCCGGCGAACUCCCUCGAAAUCUCCGAUGACGCAUCAGACUUUUUUAGCUGA